UACAAUGGCUUGCAACAUGGUUAUUUGCUGUAGACGAACGAAGAGGUGUAACACACAAAAAUAUUUUACAAACGCAACGAGGUUUCGAUUACCGAAUGUUUCGUGGCUUGUUUUGAACGGAACUUUAUCAGAGAAACAAGACUUGACAUUCAAACCAGCUUCGUGUGAUCAAUAUGCCUACCGUAAGACCAAGAACAACAAUCUAUUUAUGGGAGUUUCUCCUUCAACUGCUGGACGGUGAGGAGAGCUGUGCAGCAAUCUCCUGGGUGAACCGAGAACGUGGAGAGUUUGUCCUCAAAGACCAGAGUGAAAUAGCCAAAUUGUGGGGAAGAGUUAAAGGCCGACCACGCAUGGAUAAGAUCAAACUUGGACGUGCUAUGAGGUAUUACUACAAGAAGAAACUGCUCGCCAAGGUCCCAAGACGAAAAGCAGUUUAUCGUUUUACGAAAUUUGACUAUCUGAAACAAAAACAAUCCGAAAUAAUUCGCCACGAGGAUUUUCCUGAGGUCGACUUUAGCGGCAACCAAAUACUUGAUCUAAUCAACGAUGACAAGUCUGAAGGCGAGUCAGUCGCCCCGGAAGUGGACGGGGACGAUGACGACACGCCGCUGGAAAGUUUGCUUGCGGAAAGAAAUCGAGAAGUAUUUCAAGAGGAGAAAUGUCAGAAAUUGCCUCCCAUGGAAGCCAAUUUAGAUCCGUAUGGUAGUAUGGACAAUAUAAAUGAGAGUGUGUGCAGUUUUUAUGAUUAUGGCAACCAUACAACAAACUUCACUUGUCCAAACGAUGACUACAAUGUACCAUGCAGUGACAUAGAACCAAACGAUCAGUACCGACGAGAAAGUUAUCCAACUUACAUAAAAAAUGGAGCAUAUGAAACAAUGAACUAUAAUAUGCCUCAAUAUUAUUAUCCAUCAAUAGACUGCAAUAACAACUACCCACAGGUUGAUGUUGAAACCGGUGGCCAUUUAGCAUCGUUGUUAUUGAAUAGUAUUUUGAUGAGUGACCAACAAAUACACGAAUCAAGGGAAAACUUUAAUACGAUCCCAGUACCUUGUACAUCAACAUCAGGUAAUGGAACUCCUGAGGCGAUACUUUCACCAACCCUCGCUCAAAUGAAAUCUGAAGCAUUAACAAAUAAUUUGACACAACAAGCCGACGAUACGAACUCAACUUGGAACACAUUGAAGGAGUUUGAAAGACUAUUGAUGAUCAACAGAAGCUUUUAAACUCUUAAAGAAUUACCAUAGUAUAAUUUACACAGAGAACUUAUUUAAAGAGAUUUUAAUUAUUAUAUAAAAACUUGUACAUUAUUCAGAAGAAAAUUUAACAAAGUUUCAGUUUAA